AUGGGGAGCUGGCACUGUUUGCUGCUGGUGUGCACACUGAGUUUAGUGCUAGCCUCUGGAGAGGCGACGAAAAAUGAUGAUGACAUCGACCUUGUCAGCUUCCUGAGAAGUAUCUACCCUGGGCUGCCAGUGAGAGAAGAGCCGUUCAUCAUCAAAAAAGACUUUGAGAUAAACUCCCUCAAGGAGCCGGCAUGCCCUGAGGUCCUCUCAAUCACAGAGCAAACCAAGGUAAAACCAGUCAAUCAGGAUACAAGCGGGGCUCCUGGACCGGUGGUGUUCACCAAAGAUGGACAGAUCAAGGGGAUUACCGUGGACAAAGCCCAUAUAUUCUAUGGGAUACCAUAUGCAGACCCCCCUGUUGGUGCUUACCGCUGGAAGCCCCCCAGACCUGUGAGUCCUCGGCCAGGGGUUUAUGAUGCUUCCUUCCCCAGGGCGUCAUGCAUGCAGGCUUGCAGCGGACCCAUCACUGAGGAGUGUCCUCGAAUAGUCAGUGAGGACUGUCUCUACCUCAACAUCUUUGUCCCUCUGGAUGUGAACUUCAGCCGCCCUGUGGGGAGCCCACUGCCUGUCAUGGUGUGGAUCCAUGGUGGGGAUUUCAUAGCUGGCUCUGCCUCCAAACCACUGUAUGAUGGACGCUUCAUCAGUAACUUCACCCAUACUAUUGUUGUAAGCCUGGAGUACAGACUGGGUGCUUUUGGGUUCCUUGUGUCGGGCAAAGACCUUCACUCCUCAGCUGCAGGGAAUUAUGGUAUCUUGGAUCAGCAGGCAGCUCUUCUUUGGGUCCAACAGAACAUUGCAGUGUUUGGAGGUGAUCCUGGCAAGGUGACAAUAUUUGGGGAGAGUGCAGGUGCUCAGUCUGUGAGUCUUCAUCUGAUGAUCCAGAGCAGCAAGCCUCUGUUUAAACAGGCUGUACUGCAAAGUCUGCCCUUCUCCAUCCCCCUGAAGACCAGACACGACGCCCUGAAGCUGGGAAAAGACUUUGCUAAACAGACCAACUGCUCUGUGAGCGACAUCGUCUGCCUGCUGUCUCUCACUCCACAGGCCGUCCUGGCCGCCCAGAUGAAAACAAGUUCCAAGAUUGUGAACCCAUUCAGGUUCCUGGAGGUUUUUGAGACGUGGGGUCCGCAUAUCGAUGGGGAGUUAAUAAAAGAGCAAGCUGUCACUGCCUUCCAGAAGGGCCACUGGCAAAAAGAGAAGUCAGUGCUGCUGGGUACAACCUCAGAGGAGGGGGUGAUCUUUGCAUAUGGUGUCUUCAACAAGCCGGUCUCUGCAGUUGAGAGCACUGUGUACAUCACAGCCAUCUUUAAACAACAUGCACUGCGGAUCCUGCACAAGUACCUGCCCCUCUACAGAGACGCUGACCGCAGAGAUAUGCUUGCUCAAAUCGUCACCGACUACGUCUUUCUGUGUCCAUCCAGGAGGUCGGCGCGUGCUGGCACAGCAGCAGGCAGCGAGGUGUGGAUGUACGUGUUUGACCAUGUGGCUUCAGACCAUCGUAUAUGGUCAGGUCUGAAAUUCUGCUACAAGCAUGUCUGCCAUGGUGCCGAGCUGCCCUUUCUCUUUGACUCUGCUUCUGUGGCCAACUUCACCCUGUCAGUUCCCGAGAAGCUGCUGUCCAAUCGAAUGCUUUGCUACUGGGGAGCCUUUGCCCACACUGGUGACCCUUCCUUGCGGGCACAACAGACAACUUUCUGCCGGGAGCAGCGUCUGCCUGUUUGGCCGCGCUAUUCCGACACCAGCAGCUGGCUGGUCAUGAACCUUACAGUGCGUUCACAUGCACAAGUGGGAACCAGGGACCAUAUAUGCGACUUCUGGGACCAUCUGGGUAUCUAUUAGUGCGGAAAGGCUGGGCAGGAAGGGUUUUGGGUUCCUUUGAAUUGAAAUAGUAUCAAUGCAUGCUGUUCUCUUUGUUCCUGAUAAUGUAAACUCAGUCACAAUAUUUUAAUCGCUACAAAGCAGCAAUUACUUAAAUAAAUCGUCAGCUUUUAGAAAGGAAAUGCAAUUUCUAUCUCUCUAGCAACAAAGCUAGCAGUGCACAUCAACUUUUCAAACUUACAAGAAUGAUCAGCAUUCUGUCAUCAUCUAUUGAUCGCCAGUAGGAAUUGAAUCUCUGGCCAAAGUCCCACUGUUAUCCCUUUAACAUGAAAAAGUAUUUCCAGGUACAUUAAGGUGAAGGUGAGUUUGCUUGUUAAAAAAUAUUUUAACCUCAGUAAAAAAAAAUACUCUUAUUGUAAGUUUUAUGAUGCAAUAUCAUGAAAGUACAGAGACAAGGAAAACUGGACAGGGUUUGGGGGAAAAUUACAGAAAGAACUGGAGUUUCAGUUUUGAUAUUUGUUCUUAGCUAGAUAGCUGUGUACUAGCUGUUUUGAACACAAUAAACCAAAAAUGCAAAAGUAUGGCAAUAAUGUGCCUCACAUUAAACUUGAACACACCUUUAGAAUGGACCCACCCUCAAAGCCUCAAAAGAUGAGUUCUAUGAGAUAAUAAAUUGUCAGGUCAAAGCUAGACAAAAGGUGGUGGGACACUAGCUAAGAAUAAAACCUUAUUCAUAGUGCUGUGAAAGGCUCUGGUCCCUGUUUCCAAUAUCAAAUCAAAGUGUUGAAAAAGCUAAUAAUGUGAUGUUUUUUUGUCAUUUAAAUACUUCUGUUAGCUGUACUUUGUACUUAAAUUCAUUGUUUGAAACAAGUACCAGUCUUCUUAUUGCCUGUUUAAAAAAGUCUGCAAUUGAUAUAAUAAAGUUGUAUUUUGAUUUUCUUCCAGUUGUCCUAUAUU